UUCCUCCACCCUCCCCACUCUCCUUGUAGAGAGAGAGAUCGCGCCUUUUCUUCUCCUCCUCCUCCAUCUCCUCCUUGCUUUUGUCUUCAUAAACAGAUCCCCUUUUCUCGUCCCUGUCCUAAGGCCCUUUUCUCUCUCUCUCUCUCUGGGGGAGAGCGCCGUUCGUGUUUCAUCUCCGGUUCUGGUGAAUUCGUGGAGAUGGUGUGGUGAUUGACUGAAAUUUCAGGGUUUACAGGAGCACAGGGGUUUCGAUUUUGGAGAUUUCUGGUAAUUUUAGCAAUUUUGGGUUGCUUGCUUUCUGGUAAGGGUUUUGUUUGGGGGAUUUUGUUCGAUCGCUUGGGUUCUUGCUUCUGGGGCGGGUUUUCUUCUCCGAAAGUCCCAUUUUUGGGGGUUUCUUGAGUCUGGUGGUUGUCGUUGGGAGAGAUCUAGUGGUUUUUGAGACGAAAAGAGGGGCUUUAGAUGUCUUCCCCGAACCCCUCGUACUGGUGCUACCGAUGCAACCGAUUUGUUAGGGUGGAGAACAGGGAGAACGUUAUCUGCCCGGACUGUGAUGGAGGGUUCGUUGAGGAAGUCGACAGUCCUGGCCGGAGGCGCCGAUUGCCUCCCGCCGCGAUGUACAUGCUCGGCGGUCGCCCAGGCAGCGGUACCAGUAGUGCAUCUGGGUCGCCUGGACGAUCGUCCCCGGGGAAUCCGGAUCGGGGUUCGGGCUUUAGGAGGAGGAACAGAAGCGGCAGGGAGAGGUCGCCUUUUAAUCCAGUGAUCGUCCUCCGCGGCCCAGCUGAAGCCGCAGAGGGCGCCACGGUCCCCGCAGCAGAGAGGGGCAGUUUCGAGCUUUAUUACGACGACGGCGCGGGAUCCGGGCUGCGCCCUCUCCCUGCAAGCAUGUCGGAUUUUCUGAUGGGUUCGGGGUUCGAUCGCCUUCUGGACCAGCUUGCUCAGAUUGAGGCGAACGGCGUCGGCCGGUGCGAGCACCCGCCUGCUUCCAAGAGCGCGGUGGAGUCGAUGCCCACGAUCAAGAUCGUUGCUAGCCACAUCACUACAGAUUCUCACUGUGCUGUCUGCAAGGAUCCGUUUGAGCUCGACUCAGAGGCUCGGGAGAUGCCAUGCAAGCAUAUCUACCACGCAGAUUGCAUCCUCCCAUGGCUCUCCCUGCGCAAUUCUUGUCCUGUUUGCCGUCACGAGCUGCCGACGGAUGCUCAGACGCCCGUAAGGAGCGCCCUUGGGACCAGCGAUGCCCCGGAGGAGGAGGACACGGUGGGAUUGACGAUUUGGAGGCUCCCAGGUGGUGGAUUCGCUGUGGGUAGGUUUUCUGGCAGCCGGCGUGCUGGGGAGCAUGAGCUUCCGAUGGUAUACACGGAAAUGGAUGGGGAUUUUAAUUCAGGUGCCGCCCCAAGGCGGAUACCGUGGGUUACUGCACGAAGGAGCAGGACGAGGCCGAACACUGGGAUUGGACGUGCCAUCAGAAACUUCUUCUCCUUCUUCGGCAGGCUCCGAUCUUCCCCUUCUUCUUCUUCGUCGCGAUCACCAAGUUCGGAAUCUGGUAGUUCAAGCCGGAGGGACCGCAAUCGGUCGCAGAAUUCGGUAUUCUCGAGGCCCUCAAGGCAGCGAGGGGCAUGGGCGUUCGAAUAUGGCAAUGGCGCUUCAAGGUGGUAGGGUCAAUAGAGAAUGGAAAGACUUCCUUCAUAGUCGAUGGUGGUAACGAUGGUGGCAAUGGUGAUGAACAUGGUGGUUAUGUGGUUGAAGGUAGUAAGUCUAGAUAUUUGAUCUUCUUUUAUUUGUUGAGAAUUGUAAGAGCCAUUACUAGUAUAUGCAUAAUCUUUUGUCCACGGACUGUAAAUAUACAAGCAUGGUGCAGAUGGAGUAUGGGAUAACCUAAAUUAUAACAGAUGAGCAGUUAUGCUAAACGCGAAAUUCUUGAAGCGAAAGAGGAGAAGCAGCAAGGAUGGUUCUUUCCUUUUCCUGGCAGAGAAGGAAAAGGUAAUUUUGGCUGUGAUUAAGCGUCUCUGUGUAUGAUUACAGGCCCUCUCUUGUACCAUGUUCUUUUGCAAAAAAUUACAUGGCUAAUCAUUCAUUAA